AUGUGGAGGCGAUUUGUGGGAGCUACCAAGGAUGAUCAUAAUGAUAAGAAUAAGUUGCAUAGCCUGAUCCACUCUGUGGACUUGCGUCCACUGAUUGAUCCACCGUUGUCUCCAUAUUCUUUUGGAAAUAUUUAUGGUAAUUCUUUGACUGCUCCCUUCUUAAGUAAUGGGGAUGAUGAUGAUGGUGAUCAAGAAUCUUCUUAUGGCAUGGUAAGGCGGGUACGAGAAGCAAUAAGCAAGAUUGACAAGGACUUCGUGAAAAGACUACAACAUGGUGAUGAGCAGCUGAGUUUGAUCGGCCGGCUUGCUCAAAGUGCUAGCAAAGGGGAGGUGGUUACUUCUUACCACAGUAGUUUGUGCCAAUUUCCUCUCUAUGAUAAUGAUUUUGGUUGGGGAAGACCUACAUGGGUGAGCUUACCGCCACUGCCCGUGAAGGACAUAAUAGUUUUCCUCGACACCAAGGAGCCUGGUGGAGUAGAGGCAUACGUUAGGAAGUCAUGA